UGAUUGUUUCUGCGCGAAAAAAAAAAGGGUGAGUGUGUUGGAAAAGACGAUCUUUGGGAGUAUAUGGAGUAAAAGAUUAUCAAAACAACAUAGUUAUAUGAGGUGUUUAAAAUGAACCACGUUUAGUUGAGGUGUGAAAAGUGAAAGUUCCAAAGGUGUUUGGCGUUGGAAUCGGAAGCCAACAUCAGAACAUACCGAGAAAAACUUUUUGAUGUAACAAUUAUUAUACCUCAACUUUAUAUUAGUUAGAAUAUCUAUAUGAAUCAUUGAUGUGCAAUGACCACCAAAAUUUUUAGUCUUGUUGUUUGAUACGUGGAAUAAGGACAACAAAUUGUUAGAUAAAAUUUAAAAUUAGCCGUUUCGAUGCUUUGAUUUUACGUAUUAGCUAAUCAUGAUAGGUGAAAUUGGAUAUUCCAAUCGAUAGAGAUAUCUUUGCUUAUCCCAUUCCCGUAUGAGAAUACUAUAAAAGCUGCUGGUUUCAAAAAUCCCAAAGCUGUUCCUUUUUUCAUCCAUGAAAUCCAUAAAGCUUCGCAAUGUAUGCCAAAGAACUGAAUAUUUCUCCCAUUCUUUGAUCCUAAGAGCAUUAUCUUCCGUUAAUAAGCUAAGUGAUCUCCACAAAGUUCAUUCACUCAUAGUAAUUUCAGGCCAGCACCAAUCAACAUUCUUUAAUGGAAAACUCAUUUCAAAGUACUCUCAAUUCAAAGAGCCUGUUUCUUCAUUAUCCAUUUUUCGCAUAAAUUCACCUGCCCAUGUUGUUUAUUUAUGGAAUACUAUCAUUAGAGCUAUGACCCAUAAUGGGUUAUUUUCUAAAGCAUUAGAUUUUUAUACCCAAAUGAGAAAAGUAAAUGUUAAGCCUGAUAAUUAUACGUUUCCUUCGAUUAUUAAUUCAUGUGGGAGUUUAUUGGAUCUUGAAAUGGUGAAAGUUGUGCAUAAUGAUGUUUUGGAGAUGGGUUUUGGAUCAGAUUUGUAUAUAUGUAAUGCUUUGAUUGAUAUGUAUGCGAGGUUGAAGGAUUUAGGGAAUGCGCGUAAGGUGUUUGAUAAAAUGGGUAGUAGAGAUGUUGUUUCUUGGAAUAGUUUGAUUUCGGGGUAUAGUGCGAAUGGGUAUUGGGAAGAGGCUUUGGAUGCUUUUCGGGAGGGGAGGUUAUCGGGUGUUGUUGCUGAUGCUUUUACUGUGGCGAGUGUUUUACCUGCAUGUGGGGGUUUGAUGGAGGUUGAACAGGGUCAGAUAGUUCAUGGGUUGGUGGAGAAGAGUGGUGUCAUGGGAGAUAUGGCUGUGAGUAAUGGAUUGCUUUCGAUGUACUUUAAGUUCGAGAGGUUGUUGGACGGUCAGAGAAUCUUUGAUGAGAUGAUAUGCAGAGAUAUCGUCACUUGGAAUAUUAUAAUUUGUGGGUUUUCUCACUCGGGCUUAUAUCAAGAGUCGAUCAAAUUGUUUCAAGAAAUGGUUUGUGAAUAUGAGCCGGACCUGCUUACAAUUACUUCUGUUUUGCAAGCUUGUGGGAGUAUAGGGGAUUUAAGAUUUGGAAGAUACGUUCAUGACUAUAUUUUGGAAAACAGAUACGAAUGUGAUACGACCGCUUGGAAUAUCAUGAUUAACGUGUAUGCAAAAUGUAGUGAUUUGGUGGCGGCAAGGCAAGUUUUUGACAACAUGAAAAGAUGGGAUUUGGUCUCAUGGAACUCAAUGGUUAGUGGUUAUGUUGAAAAUGGGUUUAAUAAAGAAGCAGUAGAUCUGUUUAAGGUGAUGAGGAUAGACUUGCAACCUGAUUCUGUCACUUUUGUGACGCUUCUCUCAACCUGUACAAAGUUGACGGACGUGGAUUUUGCAAGUGAGCUCCACUGUGAUAUAGUUAAGAGAGGAUAUGAUUCCACUCUUAUUGUGGGCAAUGCUCUUCUAGAUGUUUAUGCCAAGUGUGGUAAAAUGGAGCAUUCAAUGUGGCAAUUUGAGAUCAUGAGUGCUAGAGAUAUUGUAACGUGGAAUACUAUUAUUGCUUCAUGUUUCCAUCACGAGGAAAGUUAUGUCGGUUUAAAGAUGCUCAGUAGGAUGAGAAAAGAAGGAAUCAUCCCAGAUGUGGCUACUGUUUUAGGUUCGCUGCCUUUGUGUUCCUUGCUUGCUGCCAAAAGACAGGGUAAAGAACUUCAUGGAUUCAUUAUCAGGCUCAAUUUUGAGUCACAUGUCCCUGUUGGAAAUGCACUGAUCGAGAUGUACUCCAAAACUGGGAGUUUAAAGAAUGCAAUCUUGGUCUUUGAGCACAUGAGAAUUAAAGAUGUGGUGACAUGGACAGCAAUGAUCUCUGCAUAUGGAAUGUAUGGCGAAGGAAAGAAGGCUCUCAGAUCUUUUCAACAGAUGAAGGAGACGGGUACUGUUCCCGAUCAUAUUGUUUUUGUUGCCACUAUAUAUGCAUGUAGCCAUUCUGGUUUAGUGCAAAAUGGUCGGGCAUGCUUUAACCAAAUGAGAGAAGAAUACAAGAUUGAGCCAAGGAUUGAACAUUAUGCUUGCAUGGUUGAUCUUUUAUCACGUUCUGGGCUACUGUCUGAAGCAGAGGACUUUAUCCUUUCUAUGCCGCUGCAGCCUGAUGCAAGUAUGUGGGGAGCUUUACUUAGUGCUUGUCGAGCUAGUGGAGAUACCGAGACUGCUGAACGUGUAGUAGAGCGUCUUGUUGAACUGAACUCUGAUGAUCCUGGGUAUAAUGUUUUAGCUUCCAAUGUAUAUGCCACCUUAGGGAAGUGGGACCAAGUGAGAACAAUACGAAAAUCUUUGAAAGCCAGAGGACUUAGGAAAGACCCAGGAUGUAGCUGGAUUGAAAUUUGUAACAGAGUUUUUAUUUUUGGCACUGGUGAUAGGUCCUUUCAACAAUUCAAGCAAGUCAAUGAGCUCAUAGAGGACCUCAAUAAAACAAUGGAUAAGGAAGGUUACGUUGCUGACUUAAAAUUUGUUUUGCAUGAUGUCGGUGAAGAUGAGAAGAUAAAUUUGCUUCAUGGACAUAGUGAAAGACUUGCUAUAGCGUUUGGAUUGUUAAACACAAAAGAUGGUUCACCUUUGCAAGUGAUGAAGAAUCUCCGGGUUUGUGGGGAUUGCCACACUUGGACCAAGUAUGUGUCAAAAAUUGUUCAGAGGGAAAUACUAGUUAGAGAUGCAAAUCGCUUUCACUUGUUCAAGGAUGGAACGUGUAGCUGCAGAGACCGCUGGUAAUUAAAGUCCGCUGCCCUUCCUAAUACUAGAAGUCGGAAAGAUCCCUUCAAUUGAGGAAAUUAAGCAUUUGUCAUUUGAAAACAAUCCGGAGGUGAAUUAUCCUUCUGCUUAUCAGAUUUCUGAGAUUUCAAGCUAUAGCUCCCGUACUAUGUUUCUACCUUUCCAGUUGCAGGAUUGUGUAGUAGUCGACUUCAAAAGCGACGCAAAAAUAUUAAGGACCUUCGUGUCUGGUAAGCCUUCACUUUUUAAGGUGUAUUUUGAUGCUUUACCCAGGGCGACGAAUGCAUAGAAUCACUGCUGGUUUAUCACACUAGACUUCUGAAUCCUUAGUCGGCGGUGUCUUUGUUUUCACCAAAAGCUCCAUUCCUAUCUUGGACUCUGGCGUUAGUAUCUGAACUGAAAUAUUCUCAAUGGAGGAAUAAGGAGCAACAUUCUCAAUUAGUGGGGUUGCCUGCACACAGCCACAUGCUCUAGGCUCAUCGGCAUUGAAGCUACAAUUCCCUUAAAAACAUGUCACAUCUUUAAUUGUGAAAUCAGCCAUUGAUUGUUCAAGGGAUACAUCAUAAGCUGUAUUGGUUCUUCCAAGAGAUCUUGUCAUACCGUGCUUCCUGCAGGUGACAACAGAAAUAUCCUUCCUGUAAAGACUCUCAUUCUUGAGGCAGUUCUUCUGCUCACUUGGAGAUUAUAGGCGUCUGGCAAAGGAUCUCACCCACAAGCUGUAGCUCUGUCUGUAAAAUGGGUAGCAUGGCCCCUUUUCAUUCCAUACUUUGAAGUAAGAUCUACUGUGCGUUAGCUUAAGAAGCUCGGGAAGGGAAUUCCCAGACUUCUUGAGCGUAUCCGCAUAUUGCAUCAGCGCACGAUCAUAUGCAGGUAUGACCUGAUUUCCAUUGCAUCCUUGAGUAGGAAAGAAAUAAAGUCAUCAGAGCAAUAUCUUAUGAAAUAUUGCUCCAUUGUUUAAUUUGAGCAACAACAUAGAAACGAAAUGGAGGAGUUUAGGACUUGUGAUUAAAGCACAAAGAAGCUUUAAUUCUUUUGAUACUUCAUAUUGUCCAGGGAAACACAAGAGUUUCUUAUUUGUUGACACAGGUUUUUCAAAACAAUGUGAAGAUGAACCCCAGAUGAUUUUCUUGAGAUAUAUACAAGAAAAGGUGAAUUUAUCAAUAAGGGGAACCUUUUGCCGUUGAGUCAGUGUUCAACUCGUUCUUAUCAUUUGCAUUCAUAAUCUUCAAGAUUGAUACAUCAUCCCAGCCAUGCUCCAGCAACUUUGGUACAAGUAUCCAUUUCCACCAAAAUCAUCGAUAGUGAAAGAAGAAGCCAUUUUCUUCCCAAGCAGAGGAAGGGAGCGAUAGAGACUUGACGAACUCAAGUGCUGAGACUAGAGUUGCCUUUUGUUGAGUCACGUUUGAUCCAUACAUGAGUGAAACAAGAUCUUGUAAAAAAAUUUCAUCUCUUGCUAUCUUUCAUGUAAUACUUAAUUACGAGGUCCUUAUUUGUACAGAAGAUUGAAUCUCUUUUGUAUAGAACUAUAUAUAUUUUGAUGCAGGUUCUCCUAUUUGAUAUA